GUAAGUGAUCUAUCAGAUGAGUUGUAUUAGAAAGCAUAUAUUGAAAAGCAAAACAUAUUAUUUAGAAGUACAUGAUGAUUAAAUGAUUUUGAGUGAAGUAAUUAAAAAUAAAUAAGUAUUAAGCAAAAAAAUAUGUAAAAUGCAAAGUAUACAGUAUAAUAUAUAUGGGAAACAAAGGUUAUGUGGAAGAUAUCUGAUAAUGAAGAAUUAUGUUCAUUUGGGAUAUAUUAUAAUAAUCGAAUUAAAUGGUUUGAUUCAGAUCACAAUUCAUUAAACUUACUAAAAAUACACUUGUCUGGCAAAGUGUUUUUUGGGAACAUUUCAAUAUUUUAUGAUUCAAAUCAAAUAAUAGGUUAGGGAGCAUCUUCUAAAGUUUGUUUGGUUAAAUGUAAAAAGAGUAUUUCACAUUAUGCAGCUAAAUGCAUUUCUAAGAAAUAUUUAUAACAAAAAAAAUCAAACGAUAGAAUUGUAUGAAUUUAUUAUUAAUUUUUAGAAUAGAUUACAAUAAGAAAUAUAAAUUUUAUAGAGAAUAGAUCAUCCAAGUUUUGUUAAAUUAUAUGAAAUCUAUUAAGGAGAGAAUUCUUAUUAUAUAGUAACAGAUUAUUUGGAAGGAGAUACUCUAUAUAAUUAUAUUAAAUCAUAUCCAGAUGAUUAAUUGCCUUAAAAUUAAAUAAGAGAAGUUAUUAAGGUAAAUCUAAUUAUUAUUUUAUUAGAUUAUUAUGACAGCUUUGAAUUAUUUAGAUUCUAUUAAUAUAAUUCACAGAGAUAUCAAAUUGGAAAAUAUAUUAUUACAAAAACCAAAUGAUAUUACAUCUAUUAAAAUUAUUGAUUUUGGAUUAGCAAUAUACAAAUAACAAUUCCAAAAAUUAAGUGUUUGUGGAACACCUGGAUAUAUUGCUCCUGAGAUUUUAAAUAAUAGUAAUAGCUAAGACUAUUUUACUGAAAAAUGUGAUAUCUUUAGUGCAGGUGUUAUAUUUUAUAAAUUGUAAUUAAUAAAUUUAAUAUUUAUAAAAGAUUAACAAGGAAAACCUUAUUUAGAGCAUAAAAUACUUAAGAAAUAAUGGAAAAAAAUAAAAAAUGUGAGAUUAAUUUUUAAGAAUUUGAAUAUAAGUUAUAGAAGGAAGCAUUAAGUUUAUUGAAAGGAAUGUUAGAUUUAGAUCCAAAGACUAGAUAUUCAGCAUAAUAAUGUUUAGAUCAUCCUUAUUUCAGUUGUAAAUUAGAAAAUAUAAACAUUUUGUAAGAAAUCCUUGAUAAAGCCACUGGAUUUUCAGGAAUUACCUAAAUUAGUAUAUAUUAUUAUUAUACAAUAUAGUUGAUUAAAGAGAUACACAAUCAAUUGGGUAAGAAUGUUAAGCUGCUUAAAUUAAAAGAUGUAAUCCAACAUCUUAUAAAAUUAGAAUGGAAUAACGUAAAAGAACUAAAAGUCCUAGAAAGUAUGCUGAUUUUCAAUUCUAUUAUCCUUCAUUUUGUUAAUUCAAUUCUUAUGAAAGUCUUAGCAGUAAAGUAUCAUCUCAUAAUAUAUCUUAAAUUGAAAAUUUUAUUAAUGAUAAACUUGAUUCUGUUAUUGAGGAAUACGAGAAACAAUAUGUACAUAAUAUAUGA